AUGGCGCCGUGGGCGCUGCCGCUGCUGCAGCCGGGGCGGCGGCCGCGCCCGGGACGGUGGUACCGGCUAAGCCCUUGCGGGGAGCGGCCCAGCGGCCGCGUGGGACUCGGCUGCCUCCUCCUCCCCGGCCGCGUCCUGCUGCUGGCCGGUGCCGACCCCGCCGGCGCCUUCGCGGACGCGCACUUCCUGGAGCUGGCCCCGCUGCGCUGGGUCCCCGCCGGCUGGCGCGGGCUGAGGCCGCGCUACGAGCACGCCACGUUCCUGCCCGCCGGCCGCGCCCCGCGCCUCUGGGUGUUCGGCGGAGCCCACCCUGCCGGGAACCGCAGCUGCGUUCAGGCGCUGGACCCCGAAACAGGAACGUGGGAGAGCCCUGCAGUGAGGGGGGAGCAGCCACAACCUCGCACGUUCCACUCGUCCUCGGCGGCCGUCGGGGCGCGGCUGUUCGUGUUCGGCGGUGGAGACAAGGGGGCAGAGCCGGUGAAAGACCAGCGGCUGCACAUGUUCGACACAGCCACCCUGAGCUGGUCCCAGCCUGAGACUCGUGGUGAUCCCCCUUCUCCUCGGCACGGACAUGCCGUGGUUGCAGUUGGGACCAAACUCUUCAUCCACGGGGGUUUAGCUGGAGAUGUUUUUUACAAUGACCUGUUCUGCAUUGAUACCACUGACUUGAGAUGGGAGAAGAUCCCGGCCACCGGGGAUGUCCCGGGAGGACGGGCAUCCCACUCCUCGGCAGCGUUCCAGGAGCACUUGUACAUUUUUGGUGGAAUAGGUCCAGAUGGGCCACUGGACACCACGUACAAGUAUCACACAGGAAGGCAGCACUGGACACUCCUGCAGUUUGAAUCUCCCCUGCCCAGCGGGAGGCUGGACCAUGCCAUGUGUGUCAUUCCCUGGCAGGCUGGGGCACAAGGGGACACAGGAGACAGCCCAGCUGGGACAGAGGCACCUGUGGCAGCAGGGGACAGAGCUCAGGGCCUGCGAGAGGACUGUGCUGGCAGCUCUGUCCAUCUGCUGUUCGUGUUUGGGGGCAUGGACACUCAGGGGCAGAUUCACAGGGAGUGCCUGGUCACGCUCAUCGAGUAAUUCCCCACAGCACCAGCCUUGGGCCCCGGGGUUCAUUCUGUCACCCUGGCACGGUGCUGGCACUCCUGAGGGACAGGGGCUCUGCCUGAACACAGUCCUGCUGCAGCCCCAGCCAGGGAAUGUGGCAGCAGCCAAGGUGUUUUAAAGGCACUGCUGGAGCUGGCACAAGAAAAGGUCAUUGUGAAUUUAACUAAUCCCAUGGAUUGGAUAAGGAUCAGUUAAAUAAAGAGACCAAAUUUCAGU